AUGGGGAAUGCAGGCAGCAUGGAUUCUAACCAGACUGAUUUCAAGGCACAUAAUAUGCCCCUUAAGCUGCCAAUGCCUGAACCAGGAGAACUGGAGGAGAGGUUUGCCAUCGUAUUGAAUGCUAUGAACCUUCCGCCUGAUAAAGCCAGAUUACUGCGUCAGUACGACAACGAGAAAAAGUGGGAACUCAUCUGCGAUCAGGAAAGAUUUCAAGUGAAGAACCCUCCUCACACCUACAUUCAGAAGCUGAAAGGGUAUCUAGAUCCAGCAGUAACAAGAAAGAAGUUUCGAAGGCGAGUGCAAGAAUCCACUCAGGUUCUGCGGGAACUGGAAAUCUCCUUAAGAACAAAUCACAUAGGAUGGGUGAGAGAAUUUUUGAAUGAAGAAAACAAGGGGCUGGACGUCCUUGUGGAAUACCUCUCUUUUGCACAAUACGCAGUCACAUUUGACUUUGAAAGUCUGGAAAAUAAUGUAGAAAACAAUGUUGAUAAGUCAAAACAUUGGAGUCGUUCAAUUGAAGACCUACAUAGAGGAAGCAACUUACCGUCACCUGUUGGAAAUAGUAUUACCCGCUCGGGCAGACAUUCUACCUUACGGUAUAAUACUUUGCCGAGUAGACGGACACUUAAAAAUUCAAGAUUAGUCUGUAAAAAGGACGACGUCCACGUCUGUGUCAUGUGUUUACGGGCGAUCAUGAAUUACCAGUAUGGUUUCAACAUGGUCAUGUCCCACCUGCACGCCGUCAAUGAAAUUGCACUAAGUUUGAACAAUAAGAACCCAAGAACAAAAGCACUUGUACUGGAGCUGCUCGCAGCCGUCUGCCUUGUCCGUGGAGGACAUGAAAUUAUUUUAUCAGCUUUUGAUAACUUCAAGGAGGUUUGUGGUGAAAAACAACGCUUCGAGAAGCUCAUGGAACAUUUCAGGAACGAAGACAACAAUAUAGAUUUCAUGGUUGCAUGCAUGCAGUUCAUUAACAUCGUUGUGCAUUCAGUAGAAGACAUGAAUUUUAGAGUCCAUCUUCAGUUCGAGUUUACCAAAUUAGCAUUGGAUGAAUACCUGGAUAAACUGAAACACACGGAAAGCGACAAACUUCAGGUCCAGAUUCAGGCUUAUCUGGAUAAUGUGUUUGACGUGGGGGCUCUUCUGGAAGAUGCGGAGACCAAGAAUGCCGCACUGGAAAGAGUUGAGGAACUGGAAGAAAACAUUUCUCAUCUUUCUGAAAAGCUACAAGACACCGAAAACGAAGCAAUGUCUAAAAUUGUAGAACUGGAAAAACAGCUUAUGCAAAGACAUAAAGAACUGGAAGUUGUGCGGGAAGUCUGUAAAGAUGCAAACACCCAGGUGCACACGUUACGGAGGAUGGUCAAGGAGAAGGAGGAAGCGAUUCAGAGGCAAUCCACUCUAGAAAGGAAAAUCCACGAGUUGGAGAAACAGGGGACUCUCAAAAUUCAAAAUAAAGGCGAUGGGGACAUAUCUAUUACACCGCUGGUGGCAUCAGGGGCUGUUGUGCCGUCAGGUACAGAAGUAGUGGGAGAACCAUCAUCUGCUACUGGUAUCUCACAGUCAGGACCUUCACUUCCCAGUGGAGGUUCAUCAAGUGUAUCAGGAAUUUGCACACGUUCAGCACCAACGCCGCCACCCGCACCACCUUUGCUUUCAGAGCCUGGAGCAGUGGAAAAUGGACCUACACCAUCUACAAUGCCACCGGCUCCACCUCCACCACCUCCACCACCUCCUCCUCCACCACCAGCGCCACCUCUUCCAGGUCCAGCUGUGGAACCACCUGUACCUCCGCCACCUCCUCUACCUGGAACUGCCUCACCAAUGGUUAUAUUUAACUCAGGACUUGCAGCUGUGAAAAUUAAGAAGCCAAUCAAGACAAAAUUCAGGAUGCCGGUAUUCAACUGGGUAGCUCUAAAACCCAACCAGAUCAAUGGCACAGUUUUCAAUGAAAUUGAUGAUGAACGGAUAUUGGAGGACUUAAAUGUAGAUGAAUUUGAAGAAAUCUUCAAGACAAAAGCCCAAGGCACGGCCAUUGAUGUUAGUUCCAGCAAGCAAAAAGCGGCACCUAAGGGCUCGAACAAGGUGGCCUUACUGGAAGCAAACAGGGCUAAAAACCUCGCCAUCACCCUGAGGAAAGCAGGGAAGACUGCGGAGGAGAUCUGCCGAGCCAUCCAGCAGUUUGACCUGAAGACGUUACCUGUGGACUUUGUGGAGUGUCUGAUGAGAUUCAUCCCGACGGAGGCAGAAGUGAAAGUCUUUCGGCAGUACGAUCGGGAGAAAAAGCCUCUGGAGAACUUAUCAGAUGAAGAUCGCUUCAUGAUGCAGUUCAGCAAGAUAGAGAGGCUGAUGCAGAAGAUGACCAUCAUGGCCUUCAUCGGCAACUUCAAUGAGAGCAUCCAGAUGUUGACGCCGCAACUUCACGCCAUCAUAGCUGCUUCUGUUUCAAUUAAAUCAUCUCAGAAACUAAAGAAAAUACUUGAGAUUAUUUUGGCUCUUGGAAAUUACAUGAACAGCAGUAAACGUGGAGCGGUCUACGGCUUCAAACUUCAGAGCUUGGACUUGCUUCUGGAUACCAAGUCAACAGACAGGAAACAGACCUUAUUGCACUAUAUCUCCAAUGUUGUACGAGAAAAGUACUUGCAGGUUGCUCUUUUUUUCAAUGAACUCCAUUAUGUGGAAAAAGCUGCCGCAGUCUCUCUUGAAAAUGUACUCCUGGACGUAAAGGAACUUCAAAGAGGGAUGGAUCUGGCGAAAAGAGAAUACACAAUGCACGACCACAACGUGAUGCUGAAAGAAUUCAUACAGAAUAAUGAAGUCAGGCUGAAGAAGUUACAAGACGACGCAAAAAUCUCACAGGAUGCCUUUGAUGAUGUAGUCAAAUAUUUUGGUGAAAAUCCUAAAACCACUCCUCCGUCUGUAUUCUUCCCAGUCUUCGUCAGAUUUGUGAAAGCGUACAAGUUGGCUGAUGAGGAGAAUGAGCACAGGAAAAAACAGGAGCAGGCCCUCAUGGAGAAGCUUCUCGAGCAGGAGGCCAUGAUGGACCAGCAAGGCCAAAAGUCUCCUUCACAUAAAUCUAAGCGGCAGCAGCAGGAGCUGAUAGCGGAGCUGAGGAGGCGGCAAGUGAAAGACAACAGACACGUGUACGAGGGGAAGGACGGAGCCAUUGAAGAUAUCAUCACAGCCUUAAAGAAGAAUAAUAUCACUAAAUUUCCAAAUGUUCAUUCGAGGGUAAGGAAUUCUUCUAGCACACCGGUGGUGGAGGAUACACAGAGCUGAUCUUAGAAGCCAGCCGUAUAGGAGAGCCGAUGCGGUGAGGAGAAGCGUACGGAAACGCUUCGAUGACCAGAAUAUGCGCUCUGUGAAUGGUGCUGAAAUCCCAGUAUGAGUUGGAGCCCCCUAUCUCGUAACCUGACGGGUGCGUGUGUUUUGUAUGUGAUGGGAGAAGGACCAGUAUCACUCGCCGGUGACGCACAAUGCCACCAUUUUGGCUGCACCUUUAUUGAACUGCAAAGGGCUCAAACUGAUCAAAACAAAGAGAGAGACUGCAUCCAGGAUGAGAAUGAUGUGAGCUGGGACCUCCACUCAGUGCAGAAAUAUAUAAAUAUAUAUAUAGAUAUAUAUUGUCCAAUUGUAGCUAACAAGUGCCUAAAUCCAACAUACCUGUUUAAAUGAGUCCGAGCAAUACAACUUGGUCUGAUCAGGUAUCUUUACACCAAUACGUUACUCAGUAUUUUGAACCAAAAUGUAAAAUACAUCAUUCUUUUUUUUUCUUUUGUUACACAUGAUUCGAACGAGCGACCGGUAAUCGCCGCCGUAGGAUUCACCUUGGUUUGUAGAAAAAAAAAAAAAAAAAAAAGGAAUACCGAUGUAUGGACUGGGAGUGGAACGUAGGGGGCAUCAUGGCCGUUUCAUGUGGUUUGGUGCUUUAUGUUGCACUUGAAGGUCAAUACAAUUCAAGGGCUUAUGUUGUGAGUGAAGGACUUUAAACUGCACCUUUAAGAAAAGUAGAUUAUAGUGUUGUAAUAUGAUUAUUAUUAUUUUUUAUGAGAGUACGUCCUGGAUACUUUUGUGCGCAACAUACGGAGCCUGCAGCAUUUGAAAUGACAGUUUUUGUAAUUAUUUACUAGCACCAAUUUAUUAGACAGUAUUAGGGCCGAGAAAGUCAUUUCCAUAACUGGUCGAAUGUUGGCGAGUUUUUAUCAUAUCCCUGAGUCCAAAGAUUAGCUCUUGGGAAACAAUAACUCCCAUCUUCUAGCCAGGGCAUCUGGGUACGGACGAUGGUAAUGCAUGUAUUUUUGGAACUAUAACUCCCAGCCUGCUAAAGAAUUUUACGCAGCCUGUAGUUCGCUUCCCAUUUGAAAUGUAUUUCAUUAUAUUUCGGUUUAAAUCUACAGAAUAAAAACCUUCAGUAACUUGUGUUACACAUCCUAAGGGCUCGAGCCCGCAGAUGCUGGACGGUGGCGCUUUGUAGUCCCUCUGGUUUAGUAAUACAGACCCAUAUGCAGUAGGCAGGCGCCAUGGUAGCUAUGGAGCAAGUCACAAAUUUUUAUACGCAUCUUUGAGGGAUCCAUACCAGGGUCAUGUACAUGAAUCCUAAUGAGCAGUAAAAAUUUCCCGGGAAUGACAGAAAAAUGAAUAUCAGACAUUUCAAGGUUAGGCACCCAGUCAAUCCUAUAUACUUGCUUGUGAGCUGACCGUCACUUGUCGACCAUAGUGACAUCGCUACAGCGGGUUGUGGCUCGGCGGCACGCUCAAAUGUGUUGCUCCACAGAUUGUUAAACAAAAAUGUGGCAAGAGUGCCAAUUUAGAAAAAAAAACAUUUCCUUUAUACAGUACUUCUCGUUCCUUUUGGAUUCAAUCCUGGCUUGGGCACAAAAACAAAAACAGCGCGUGUGACACAACCCUUAGGGAAGGGCUACAUGUGUCGCGCGACAUUUCAUGUAAUGAUUGUCAAUGGUGUCGCACUGCGACAGUUGCCAAAAAUCAUGAUGUGCUGGAUUUUGUGUCACAGGUCGCAUGUUGUGCGCAACAUCUCAUUCAUUCACAUUAUGGGAAGUGGCGCGUGACACAGCCGAAACACAGCUCUAUAAUAUCGCUCAUCAGCACGUUGCCGACAAGUCGCACAUAUUUUUGUGUCGCGCUACUUUUCUGACCAGAAAGACCAUCUGCACUGUGACAAUGCACUGCUAAGGAACAGAAUGGAGGAGGGGGAAAAAAAAUAACAUGUGAUGCAAAAUAAGCACAGAAUGACUUAAAAUAAAAGUACUGGAAAAAUAUUUUUGUAGAUUUAAACUUUGAAAUGCUGUCCAAAAAGUUGAGCUUUCCUACAUUGAGACUUUUUGUGGCGCUAUGGAUAGAUUAUAACGUAAGACAGCUGUGGUCCACAAGACUGCAUAAAACUUAAGAGCAGACGGGGCUUAUGUUGUACUUGGCCAAAACCCUGUCUGCAGGGGACACGUGAUUUUGAAGGUAAUACCUUGGUUUUAAGUAUAUAGAGGGGGGCAGUAUAGCAUAUAAAACUUAACUUUUAAUAAAGUGAAAAAAAUAGUAAAUGCCCCCU